CUGGCCAAAAGUUUGAGGUUUUGUUCUAAGGAAGCUGAUACUUGAGAAUUAUUUUACUUAUCACCUUUAGGACAGAUAAUCUGGUAUAUUCAGCUUGGCUUUUUUUGUAUUAAACAAAUAUAACAUUUGUGUUUUAUGUUUCCAGGCUGCAUUAUUACUAUAUCUGGUCGUAUGACUUUCACGAGCAAUAAAUCUAUGGAGAUUGAAGUAUUUGUGGAUGCAGAUACCUUAGUUGGCGAGUCCCAAGAAAAAUAUCGCGCAGUCAGUGCAUUUUUCACCUAUGUAUCUUUAAGCAAAGAAGCAAAACCUCUCCCAGUCCCUCAAAUACUGGUAUGUAUGUUCUUCAUUUGUUGUAUCUGUAAAUUGAAUUUUUUGUCAUAUUGUAAUUUCUAAUAUUAUUGUACAGUACUGUCGGGGAAGAUAUAUUAAAAUACUCAUCUCCAUGUAUUCAGCAAUGAAAUUUUUGAAACCUUUUUUUUUUGUUUUUACAAAAACAUUAGGUUUUAUAAAGAGUUCUGUUAACUUUUUUUUAAAUGUAAAAGGUAUCAUCAAAUUUCUGUAAGAAAACAAUCUAUCAAUGUCAUCUUGAAAAAUACUAUUUCACCCUAGUAGUGAGGGCAAUAAAAUAUACCCAGCUUAGGGUUUUAUUUUAUUUAUUUUUGUUUCACUCACUAUGAUUAGUAACUGUAGAUAAUCAACAAUUGAAGGAAAGAAAAUGUCACUCAUCCUAUAAAUAUAAAACACAAAUUUAUAAUUUUCCAAGGUAUAAUUAGAGGGACACUAUAGUCACCAAAACAACUGCUUAAUAUAGUAGUUUUGAUGUAUAGAUCAUGCCCCAGCAAUCUUAACACUCAAUUCUCUGCCAGUUAGGAGUCUAAUCACCUUGUUUGUGCAGCCCUAGCCACACCUCCCUGCAUGUGACUUGCUCAGACUUUAUAAACAUUUCCUGCAAAAAGUCAUCUAAUGUUUACACUUCUUUAAUUGCAAAUUCUGUUUGAUUUAGAAUGUCUUAUCUCCUGCUCUGUUAAUCACUUAGGAAACACUACAGGAGCCUCCUGUAUGUGUAAGUAAAUGGGAUUUAUAUGAAAGAAUAGAUAGAUGAAUAGAUUUAAAGGACCACUCUAGGCACCCAGACCACUUCAGCUUAAUGAAGUGGUCUGGGUGCCAGGUCCAGCUAGGGUUAACCCAUUUUUUCAUAAACAUAGCAGUUUCAGAGAAACUGCCAUGUUUAUGAAUGGGUUAAGCCUUCCCAAAUUUCCUCUAGCGGCUGUCUCAUUGACAGCCACUAAGCAUGCGAUAACUUCUCACUGUGAUUUUCACAGUGAGAACAUAGCGUCCAUAAAGCGUAAAUGCUUUCCUAUGCGACAGUGAGCUCUUGUAGCGCAGCUCUUGCCUUGUCUUGCGCAUUCAGCCGAGGAAGAAGAAGAAGGAGGAGGAGAGGAGGCAGAGAGCUCCCCGCCCAGCGCUGGAAAAAGGUAAGUUUUUAACCCUUUCCCCUUUCCAGAGCUGGGCGGGAGGGGGUCCCUGAGGGUGGGGGCACCCUCAGGGCACUAUAGUGCCAGGAAAACGAGUAUGUUUUCCUGGCACUAUAGUGGUCCUUUAAUGGAUGGGUAUAAAGUUGGAUGAAUGGGUGAAUAGAUUGAAGAGUGCCAGUCACGAUUGGUGGAUAGAUUAAAUAACUGAAAUUGAUUAGAUUGGUGUGAUAUACAGAAUAGAUUAGAUGAAUGGAUGGACAGAUGGAAAUAGAUACAUCGGUAAAUGGAAUGAUAUAAAUGUGACAAGAUGGGAAAAUUUAGAAUUGGAAGAUGUAUGCUGUUAUAAACAAAGAGAUAGACUUGAAAGAAACGAAGAGUAACCCAACCAGGAGAGCUUGGUCACAGGUAUCUAGAAUAAUUUGAAUUUCUCCGUUGCUACAGAAGAUUAUAUAAACCUUUGAAAUAUUGUUAUAGUUUUAUAUAAGAUCAUUUCAGAAGAGCUCUGCAGAACAAUCUGUUUAACGCUGCUUAAAUUAGCUCCUGAUAAAAAGUCAAUGAAAUUAUGUUUAUUUUCAUCACGUUGUGUUUUUACAAGUGUGUGCAUUUUCUUUCACCUCUUAACAAUAGGAGUGUAAUGUAAAGAAUUUAACAAGGUUUUACAGGAAACGUGUUUUCUCGCCUUCAAGAAAGUGCUAAUAUUAAUCUAAUGCAUACUUUUUUAGACAUUUAGAGAAUAAUGAACAGAUCGACUUUUAAUCAGAGAAGACUUGUAGGGUAGCUGAUCAUUUGGUUUUCAUUCCAAACCAAGUGAGAGUUUCCUCAUUAUCUCUGUUAACAUACAUAGCCGGUCCCAGGUAAGACCCACUUUGCCAAAAGGAGAUUAUUCCUUCCUGAAAUAAAUGGAACGUCACUUUUCAUUGCUUAAGACAGGGUGUUCUGUGAAUUUCUGCAUCAACAAAAAAUUAGAAAGACGCACCUGUGUAUUUCUGGGGCAGGCAUAUUGAAAUACCAUCUACCUCCCAAUCUAUUACAAAAUGAUACAUUGCAAACGCCUUUUAAUCCCAACCAAGCACUAGAAAGAUUUAAUGUCUUCUCCUGCAAUUUAGGAGAUGAGAUAUAGCUGGUAAACGCUAGACCUAGGAGUGUAACUGUAACGAUAACAUAAGAAAUUAGUCAGGUAGCUAAUAUUUGUUACAUGUUAACCAGUCUUAGGACCUCUACACAAGACAUGAAUCUACUCAAUGGGAGUUUAAAAGGACCACAUAGCAACUGAAGCAACUUAUUUUUAUACUCUAGGGACAAGGACUACUGCCAUAAUCUACAGCAAGCAUGUCAAACUUGCGGCCCACAAUUAAUCUAUUUGCGGGCCACCUGCCCUACAGCUGCUUUGUGCUGUAACUGCAACCAGCCACAAGACAGGAAAGAUAUUUCCAGUCUGAUUCUUGUCUUCCCUCCUAUGGCCCAUCCUUGCUCCCAUGGCCGCAAGAGCGUAGAGUGUCUGUCUGUCUGCAGAGCAGGCCAGUCACUGCUCCUGCCCUCCUGCUCGCAGUGCCAGAGGAGUGUCUGGUCUGCUUGAGCAGAGAAGAGCAGGGCUGGAACUGGAGGACGGCUCACCUUAAGGUAGGGGAAGAGGGGCUUGGAGGACCUUCCUGUGGACCUUCAGUGUAGCUGUAAGGAAAAGCUUGUUGUGUGGCAUCAUAAUAGCCCCUCCAGAAUGUGUAAAGGAUGUGACAUGCCUGAUACUGCCAUGUCACAUCCUUUACUAGCGGCAUUCCACUGCUUUAUUUUUAAGGCACUCAUUCAGCCAUAUCAUUCCAGUCACAUAAUACACACACAUUCUGGAGGGGCUAUUAUGAUGCUACACAAUAAGCUUUUCCUUACAGCUACACUGAUCAGCCACAACAUUAAAAUCACUGACAGCUGAAGUAAAUAACAUUGAUUCCGUCGUUACAGUGGCACCUGUGAAAGGAUGGGAUAUAUUAGGCAGCAAGUGAAAAGUAAUUUCCUGAAUUUUGAAUUCAUGUGUUAGAAGCAGAAAACAUUGUCAAGGUCUGAGUGACUUUGGCAAGGGCUAAAUAGUGAUGGCUAGAUGACAGUGAUAGGUGAAAUAAUCUCAAAAAUGGCAAGUCUUGUGUGGUGUUCCCAGUAUGCAUUGGUUAGUACCUACCAAAAGUGGUGCAAGGAAGAACAACCAGUGAACCUGCAUCAUGGUCAUGGGUGCCAAAGGCUCAUUGAUGCAUGUGGGGAGCAAUGGCUAGCUUGUCUGAUCAUAUCACUCCGAAGAGCUACCGUAGCUCCAAUUGCUUCAAAAAUGAAUGCUGAUAGAUAGGUUACAUCUCAUAGGCUGCAAAAUCUCAUGGUCACUAUUCUAUCCUAAUUCUCCCUCACCUUCCGGCUACUUUUGAUACUGUUGAUCAUCAACAGCUUCUUCUCAUCCUCCGUAAUCUCGGUCUACGAGAUAUUACUCUCUCCUGGUGUUCCUCCUACCUCUCCUGGUGCUCUUUUAGUGUUUUCUUUUUCUGGCUCCCCCCCCAACCCCUCUAUGUUGGUGUCCCCCAAGGGUCAAUACUUUGUCCCCUACUGUUCUCAACCUAUACUGCCUCUCUUGGUAAACUCAUCAGCUCCUUUCGCUUCCAAUAUCACUUCUAUGUGGAUGACAUGCAAAUCUAUCUGUCCUCCCCUGAUCUCUCCCCGUCCCUCUUGACUUGUGUCUCUGACUAUUUCUAACUGGAUGGCUGCCCACUUCCUUAAGCUCAACUUGUCCAAAACAGAACUUCUGGUCUUUCCUCCCUCAAGUAUUGCUGCUCCCGUUUCUGUCUCCCUCCACGUUAAUGAUUCUACCAUCAGCUCCACCAUGCAGGCUAGGUGUUCUCUUUGACAUCGACCUCUACUUCACCCCUCAAGUCCAACUGAUUGCCAAAUCCUACCGCUUCCAUCUCAAAACUAUUGCGCGCUCCGCCCCUACUUAACAUCAGAUGCGGCUGAGGUGUUAGUCCAUGCCACUGUCAUCUCUCGCCUUGACUACUGCAAUCCGCUUCUCAGUGGUCUUACCUGCUCCCAACUUGCCCGACUGCAGUCUAUAAUGAAUGCAGCGGCGAGGCUCAUGUUCCUGUCCGCCCGUACCUUCCACCCCUCUGUCAGUCCCUGCAUUGGCUUCCCGUAAAAUAUAGGGCUCAAUAUUUAGUGGUAUAGAUCCCAAGGAAACACAAUCACAGAAAAUGGUGUGUGCAUCUCAAAUAUAGGACAUUGACAGAUAAAAUACCAUUAAUGGCAUUAAGAGGUGAUUAGGUCAGACUGUGUACUUAUUGUGGCAGAUAUACUGGUGUGCAUUAAAUAUUUCCCAUAGCAAAAUCAAGUGAUGAUAAAUGACAUUUUAAAUAUCAAUUAAAUGGUCAAUCCUGAAACUUACAUUACCCAAAAUCCUUUGCCAUGGUUGUCUAAUACAAGGUUUACCAGAAUAUCCAAUUAGAGCAUUUUAUUUCUGGAAAUGGUUCUAAUGGAUUGUUCAUCAUUAUCUCAUCCGUGACUGAAAGUUCUCUAAUUAUAGCCCCCUAACAAUGAAUUUGGACAUUUCUGAAAAAUGAUGCAAGCACAAAAUAUGACUGCAUGGUAUGCAUGAAAUGAGACAGUCAUAAAUAUUUAAUAAUUUUUAUGAAGAAUGUGGAACAUUUCCUAUAAAUAAAAACAUUUUAAGCACAGAGAUUUAAAAUAUAUUUUCUUGUCUUUUCUUUCAGUUUCUUUGUUGUGCAUGUUAGGAGGUCUGUAGGCAAAAAUUAGGGUUACCCCACCAAAGCCCCACUCAUUAGCACCACCACAACUAUGAGUGGCAGAUGGAGUCCCUAAUUCUAAUAUUUUGGUGGGACGUAGUUUCCAGCCAUCCCCCACAUGUGGUUGUAGGCCCUAAUUCUAAUAUUCUGGGGGCGUAUACUCCACCUUCUAAGACCUCCCCAUGGGCAGCAGGUUGGAGCUCAGAAUUAUUAAACAAUGAGGGUUGAACAUGACAAUGCACCCGCCCCAAAAUAUGUAGAUUUUUUGCUCUAAGCGAUCAUGCUCAGCCGUGGUAUUUCUGACUGUGCCAUUUAAAAAAACAGGGAAUGGCAAGUAUCUUUUGAUACCUUAGGGGUCCCUUCUGUCAGCUGGGGCCAUAAUUAGUGACCUCAAGCUGACAGAUGAGCUAUGUGAGCAUGGUACAUAGCCCUUUAAAUUAAUUUGCAGAUGCAUGUCAGCAGAAAACCUGUUUCAAUGGCAUUUUCCUGAACUGUCCCCACUCAGCCCCAUCUGUCCUGGCUUCAUAUUUGUCAACCUGGAAUGUGUAUCCCAUGUUUCAGAUAGAUGCUUACUUUUUUCCCUCUGUGAACUUUGUAGUGAAGUAUAUGAAAGAAAAUUAAUGUAUGUGGGCUCAUUUAGCCUGGCACAGUGCUGAGAAAGCUCUCUUGCAUUAAUGAAAUGCCCUGAGUGUAGUUUGCCCAGUGAAAGCACAUCUUGCUGUUCCUUCUAUGCACAUGGGAAACCAGAAACCAAAAGCAAGUGGACAGGACCCCAAUGUCAGGACUUCCCUAUGGAAUAAGGGAAGUAUCUGUGUCUAUGUACCUGGGUGUCAAUUUGUAUUCUAUACCCCUGAGAACAGAAAGUGUUUCCUAUCCAGUGGCUAUAUAUAAAACAUCCCAAAAAUAUAUUUAAAAAGAAAAAUCAUUUUAGGUUAAACCAACAUACACACAGUUGAGAUGUUGAACGCCGAUCCUGCAAAGAUUGCAGGACUGUUACAAGGAAGGCCCUGUAAUGGCUGAGUGACAGGCAGCCACUAAAGGUAGCGUUAGACAGCAAUGUAAACACUGCCUUUUCUCAGUUUAAGAUGUAGUGGUUCCUUGUUCAGAGUGGAGUGUCCAUUUGAAGCUCCAUUCUGAACAAGGAGCAGUAUUGAAAAAAAUAAAUAAAAAACAAACAACCUUUCACCGCUUUAAACAACUAAUUUGAGUUACCCCAUGUCCUGGUUUGGUAAAAGCGUUUUAUGAAAUUUUUAACACAUUUUGUUUUCCAGUCACAUUUUUAAAAUGUUUUUAAAAUAAAUAAAAUCUUCAGGAUUUAAGAUUUUUUUUAAUUUUUUUUAUUAUUUAAGUUGCAUUAAAUAUAUUUUCUCUAUAACCAUAAAUAAACAGUUCACGACCAACAUGUCACUUUGAAUCUAGGCCACUAUUUGUGACCACAAGGGACAUGAACCCAUGUUGUAUGCUCCUGCAGAACACGUAGAUUAAUAAAUGUUUUAGCAAAAUUAUAUAAAAGAAUUCAAGCGUAUAGCUAAUCUGUCUGUGUUCCCUUAAAUCUAGGCUCUUAACCCUGAAAUCUCUGCACUGCGCAUUACAAAAAGGCUUUAAAGUUAACCAUAAUAUAAAGUGCUGGCAAUAGUGCUUCGACAAACAUAUUUAUUAACACACAGAAAGAAAAAAAUAUAUAAUAAAAUAAUAAAGAAUGCACUAUACAUAAAAGUCCAGCCUUAUAAAAGCUUCCUCAGUCAGCUGCAGCAUGUUUUGCCGAAAUUACCAUAACUUAUACACAAUACAGUGCAUAACCAAAUUUUAUGAUAGUGCUACACAGCUCAUCUUACAAUGUAACAUUGUGUUUUAUUUUCAGACUAAUUUCUAAGCAUAUCGGUUGUAGUUUAAAGACACAUAACUGUGAGUAUCAUUGCUCGGAAGCUCUGUGAUACACCUGGAACCAUCAACAACAUGAAGCUCCCAGAAUAGAGGCAUUAGGAUAGAAAGAGGAAUUUGGGUCCAAAAUAGGGCCUCUCACUCCUAAAUACAGACUGUUGACAUGUAUGGACCAAUACUACAAGGCUUAAAGGACCACUAUAUGCACCCAGACCACUUCAGCUCAAUGAAGUGGUCUGGGUGCCAGGUCCCCCUAGUUUUAACCCUGCAGCUGAAAACAUAUCAGUUUCAGAGAAACUGCUAUGUUUACAUUGCAGGGUUAAUCCAGCCUCUAGUGGCUGUCUCCCUGACUAGAGACCGCAUCCGCGAUUUACACUGAGUAAAUUGCACUUAUCUGAUGUCCUGACGGUGUCCAGCAUCAGAUAAGAUCCCCACAGGAAAGCAUUGAGUAAUGCUUUCCUAUGAGUGGGUUUGAAUGCACGCGCCUCUGGCCGUGCAUGCGCAUUCAGCUCCGCUCAGAAGCUGACGUCGGCGGGUGAGGAGAAGAGGUAACCAGCGCCGAGGGAGCCUGGCUCUGGAUUAAGGUAAGUGGCUGAAGGGGUUUUAAUCCCUUCAGCGCCCUAUUGCGAUAUUGUGUUUUCCAUCUUUUCUUACUAAAGUUUGAUGGGCAGCAUUGAAACACUGGCUUUUGUUUUGGUGUGAUGAGUAGUGCUGAGACACUGAUCUUCUAUGUUUUGCUGACUACCGUGACCUACAGUGAUUCUGCCUUGCUAAACAUUUUCACAAUUGUGUGGUUUUCAUUUUGCUUAUGUGAAUUCACGUGUACAAUUAUUAUGCAAUAAAAUUAAUAUCAUAAUACAAUUAUACUGCAAAACGAAAAUGUAAGAAGUAAAAAAAUAUAUAAACCAUUCUAGGCAGUAAUAGAAGUAUAGUGUUGGAAUUUAUACUCCGUUAAAUGUCUACUGCUAAAUAUGUAUGGCCUUCGAUAAAAAUAGCAUAUCACACUUCCAGGUGUGUCAGAAUGGUUAAUGAAGAAUUUUAAUGUUUUGAGCUUGUUUGAAAUCAUUAUAAAGGGAAUAGGCUGGAAACACACGUUAAGUAAUUCAGUGUCUGGUUGAGAUGUUUUCUAAAGUCGUUCUACAUGAAACACUAUUUAUUCCAUUGUAAAGUUAAUUCUAUUUCUACAUUUAUGUUUUCAAGCUAGGUAAAUGCCUUAGAGAGAGUUCCAUGCAUCAGUUAGAGAGGUUGCAAAUUUCAGGAUUCACUCUAGUGGCCCUACUGCAGCACUAGAACAAGUAAAUCUGAUGCAGAAGCCCCAUAGGAAAGCAUUGCUUUGGUCCCCAAUGCUCCCGUAUAACGGGCAUUGGAUUGGACCUUGACGAAGAAGACCAUGUCUUAUCCAUGAUGUCGCAGGAGGUGGAGAAGUAAGGAGUCUUAGCAUUGGAAAAAUACAUUUAUAAAAUGUUAUUAUUAAAAGUUAAACUUUUUUAAUUUUUUCAUUUCUCAUUUUAAUUUUUUGAUACACCUAGGGAAGAGGGGCUGAAAAACAAAGACUAGGGAUAUUGUAGCGUUAAGAAUACAGAUUUGUGUUCCUAGCUCUAUAGUGUUUCUUUGAGGGACUUUUCAAAUGGGCUUUUUAUAUAGGCAGUAUUUUAUUUUAUUUUGGACAGCCAAAAACCAAAGCACAUUACAGGUGAAGCACAGAAAUACAAAAACAUUUUUACAUUCCGCAGGAUGUAGUGACAUCCUUAAUCGUAGUACAAUAAGUAGGUAUGGUAUGAAUUUUGAGGUUAAAGUUUGUUCCAGAAAUAGUUUGUGCUCUGCUUCCACAUAUUAGUUCACUUUCUGUAAGAAACAAGCUGUGAGGCUACCAUUUUGUAUUUACUAAGUUCUCAAUAACAAAAACCAAUGUGGGUCAAGAUAAAUGUAAACGAAUACAAUAGAAUCCCUUAACAGCAUUAGUCAUGACAUAGGGUCAUGACAUAGGCUGCGUUGUAAUUAAAGUUGGAGCGCUAGCUGAGGAAUUCUCGUUCCAUGAGUUUGUGUCCCGCCAUGAGGCCGCUUACCCACCCCCCUUCAGUGGUUACCUAGUCCCCCAGUUCCGUCCCGGGAGGCCAUAUGUUUUCAGAGGAAUGUGUGGUGUUAUGUAGAAUCACCGUAAGUUUCUCCAUUAAGUAAUUUUAUUUGAUUGUCUGUAUUUCUUUCGGCAUGCCAGGCAUAGUGUGUUCCAACCAUUUAGCAGCUAAGGAAUUUGAAAUUGGUGGGCAUCCGUGCACAAGUAUUUCUUUCAUGAAAUUACAGUUUAUGUUCUGUGUAAGGAAGUUAUGGUUUACAAUUACACAAAACAGCUCUUUCGAAGCCCACUGGUCUGUAUUAGAGAAGUAACCACAUUCUCCAUUAACAGAAAAGCACAGGUUGUACUGACUAAUGGAACUGGAGGACUGCAAUUAACGCACUUAUAAAGAUAAGGAUAUUGUACAAGAUAAUGGUGUGUUGAAUGUGAUGGAUAAUACUGUGUUGGCUUCUGAAGAAUUUUGAGGGAUAAUGCUUGUUUAACGUUUGAUUAAAGUCACAAAAGGCAAAAAAUUGUUGAAGGGAAAAUAGUGAUUGCUGUAAAUAGUAAAGCUAAAUUGUUCAAUGAAUGAUUUAAUUGUAUUGUACGUGAGAAUCAGCCAUCAUUGUAUAACUUAUUUAAUGAGCAAUGGAAUAUUCAUUCAUUCAAGGUAAAAUGUAGGACAUAACAGAAGUUUGCUACCCAAGACAUCUAAUGGAUGCUAAAUGUCUGAGCUGAUCUAGCCACUGUCCGGUUGGUCCAAAUGAACCUGACGUGAUAAUCCUUGGCCAUGUUAUAGUCUAGUGUAGCCAUGUCUAUCUCUGACAUGGCAGGUGUUUGUGAAAUACAUUCCUAUCCCAUGAUACUUAGCCAACCUAAAGCCUAGCUAAGCAUCAUGGGAGUAUAAUUCACAAUGUUUUCCCAUGACUUAGUGUAACUUGUUUGGCGUACAUAAAAGCUACAGACGUUUACUGAUACAAGUCAAACUGUGUAGACACUACAAAGAGAAAUUUAAAGAGAAAUGGAAGUAUGCAUCAAAUUUGAAAUUCAAAUUCAGGAAUCUGACUGUGCAGUGUUUCAGCUUCAGUUAUUUGCACUUGAGUUUUGGAGGCUAGUUAAGCCCUCAGCACUCGUGACUUUGGAACCCCGGAGCUCUGUUCUGGACAGCCAAAUGUCUAUUCUAAUUGUAUUUUACAUCUGUGUCAGCCUGCACUGCAUGCUGGCAACAGACGUAUUCUGAUUCUCCACUUUUGUAGCAUUUGGCAGGGGGGUACCUAAAGAAUAAUGGUAAUACAGUAUUAUUCAUUUAAAACAAUGAAAACAUUUAUAACAUUUGGAGUCAGUGGCGGAACUACAGAGGUCGCUGAUGCUGCAAGUUUGACCAGGCCACUGUAUUUCUCUUGUCACAGGGGGCCCAGGAGCUGGCUGACCAAGGUAGAGCAGGCACCUGCUUAGCAGGACAGCAGGUACCUAAUCUGCCAAAAUAUACUGGUGUGUUUUUGCUCUUCCAACACUCUCCCUCAUGCCCUAUGGCGUUGCAGCGAUCCGGAAUAUGACAUCACUCUGGCCCCGUCAUCAGUAAGCAGUAUGCAAGGGAGUGGUGAGGAAGAGUAGGAAGAUUACAGGAGCCACUGGACACCAGGGAAAAGAUCCCUGCUGGACCCCAGUUCGAGGACCCACACCAGCUCUCCCAAAAGCAGGGAAAAUAAAAACCUGCAAUACAUAAAAUUAAUUUGUUGGGUUUGUGUGCAAGAAUGUGUAAAUGUGUGUGUGUGUCUGUCACUGAGAGAUGUGGCUCUAAGUGAGUGUUGCAAAUCAGUGAAAAUGUGUGUGUCUGUCAGUGAGUGUGUGUUGGUUAAACUGUGCUUGCCUAUGACUGUGUAUGUCAGUGAAUGUGUAACAUUGAGAGUGUGUCUGUCAGUGAAAGUGUGUGUGUUCGUUAAACAGUGUGUGUGUCAUUGAGUGUAUGCCAGUUUAUGUAUAUCGGUAAGAGCAUAAGGAGGCCUUUUCUGAUUUUUGAACCGGGGCCCUGCGAAUCCUAGUUAUACCUCUGGUCCUUUAAAGAGAAGACAUUUUAUGAACCUGAUUAUAGACAAUGUAAGUUUUAGUCCAUGUAAUCAUUGUACAAUAUGAUAGUACCAGUCUAGGUAUUUUUGUAGGCAUUGUAUAGCAACAUUUAAAGUAGCCUUCUGGGAAUUCUCUUGAAUUGGAAAUUUCCCCAACUGUUACUAUGUGCAAUAAAUUAUUUGUUGAUGUACAAUUUGUUUCUAAAAUUGUUUCAAUAUUGUCAUGGGUGAUGAACUAAAUGCCCCAGAGACCAACCUAAGUGAUGUGCCUCUCCUUUUAGUAAUACAGAUUACUUCCUACGAGAAAGCAAAUACCAUGGUGACAUUUACAAUCUUCAAUUAAUUUCUCCGGGCUGCAUAAGUGGUCAUUUGACAACCAUCUCCUCGAGGCUAUAUAUUGCUUUUGACAUGAUCCACUGCAAUUCUUUACCUUGUUCUUUACCUUGCCAACUGUAUCUUCUUAGUUAACUCUUUCAGUAGUUGAUUUGAAGAGACUUAGCUAGUUUCUGUUUACUCAAUAUUUUUAAUGGAACACUCUAAUUUUGAAAAACGAUUUUUCAAAAUUGACAAUUUUAUGUAACAAAACUUAGUAUGAGACAUAGAAAUAGGCUGACAUAUAGAAGGUUAUCAAAAUUAUGCUGCAAAUUUACAGUCUACAGAUUUAUUUAUUUACUUACCUGGAAUCCAGUUUAGGGUGAAGCUCCCAGCACUUCCACACCCCUUUUUGACGUCAAUCAGGGCCUCAUGUUGUCCAAUCACAGGCUUCUCAUAGAGAAGCCUGUCAUUGGACAGUUUCACUGGCUCAGAGCGCAUACACUCAACUUGAUCCAGUGAGGAAGACUGGGAGAGUGGAUGUAGGGAAUUUAUUUUUUAAUGAGCAAUUUUCUUGUGGAGGCGAGGAGGGGAGAAAAAUGCUUCCCUUUGCUGGCAUUGCUGUGCUUGCUGACAAUUUUAUGCACAGACAUUUGGAAGCACACAAGUGCAGAUUACUCUAUGCUUUCAAAAGAAAUGCUGCACAUACAGAUUCCUACCACCAUGACCAAUGCAAAUUACUAAAGUGGUCAGGGUGGUUGAAGUAACCCUAAUAUUGCUAAUUUUUCAAAAUGUUCUAUGACAUGAGUGUAACAAAAUGUUUGCUCUUAUCUUCUAAUCUGUAAUUUAUAUCUUAAUUUUUCCCUUUUUUUUUCUUUUUAAAAUGUAAAAAUAUUUAUGUGUUUUGUAAAUUUGACAGCUGGGUUUCAUGGGUAUCAUCUUAGUUGACGUGAUGGUUUCCUCUGAUCAUUGUGUUACUCUUUUUGUGCUAUCUAACUGGUUGUGUUCAGUACAAGGUGACUCAAUUGUUCUAUUAUCACAUUAUAUUACAAUCAAUCAAUCAAUCCAAUUUGCUUAACAGCUUCACGCUCUGUUUCAAUGUUACCUUCGCCUAAAUGGAAGAGGGGAAACAGGGGCCAAGCCAGGAGAUAUGACAUUGGCUUCCAUUCAUUUGUCUAAACUCAUUCUAACUAUGAUUCGAUAUAGAAUUAUAACUUGCACUGGUGGGCGGUUAUGAACCAAUUCUGGAAUCCACUCUUUUCCUAAUGAUAUCUCAUGUAUACUUUACCUAUUAUGCCUUUUUUAAAUCAGUUGUUUCAUAGAUAGUAAAAAAAAAAAAAAACUGAUUGAGAAAGGCAUGAUUUAUUAUCUAUAUAAAAAAAAAAACAGUUUUGUAAAGAAAUUAUUGUUUUACAUGACAUCUGUAUUCCCCUUCUGGUUUCACAGACGUGGGAUAGAACACAUUAUGUGUGUGUCAAAUAUUUCCCAACUCAUUAUUCAACACGAGAUAAGAUAUGAACUCCUUCACUUAUAAAAAAUAAAAAAAUAAAUACAAUACACACACCAUUCUUCACACGUAGACAGAACUUUAGCGUAAAAAGGAUUAUUUUCUGGUAUAUUUAUCACUUAAAGCGUAUUUCUCAGUCAUUCUGGUGUUUUUUAAGGGAAAUUUAAAAUGCAAACAUACAUCCGUACCUAAGCCUACAUAAUUCUUAGGCAAAACAUGAAACACACAAAAUGUGAACAUCACAAAACCCUAUUGAAAGCAGGAUUAGGAGUCUUUUGUAAAUAUAAAAUAAAUUGGGAUUAAGAGUUUUGGAUUUUAAUUCAUGCAUUUGUUUUCAGUGACUAUUUCAGUUUUCACAUUUCCUGGGCUCUUGUAGGUAUUGUGUAGAUUAUAUGCACACAUCCCACGUGGGGGUAUAUACACUAAAUCAUGUGUUGUAGUGAAUUAAAACUCUCACUUGAACAGUAAUUCCAAAAUCUAUUCCAAGAACUAUUUCUCCAAAAUCAUUUGACUCAAGGUUAAUCACUGGCCAGAACAAAGGAAUUAAAAUUUGAUUGAGAUCACAAGUCAAUAUUCAGGAAAUAAACUGCAAGGUCAAGGGGUUCAAACAGCUCCCCUCAAAAAUGUGUGACUUAAAGGGGAACUGUGACUUCACUGGAAUUUACUCCAUUGAGUAAAACAUUGUGUGACAAACACUGUUUUCUACAGACAUUUGCCACAAACUCCUGGAGGAGUGUGGAAGCUGGCAUCCUGCCCACCGACUCUGUGAGAGUAAUCACAUAGCCCCUGGGUGCUUGAUUCGCUAGGGGAGGGCUGCCUGGGCUGUCAGGCAGUCCUCCCGAAGUGGAUCGGUGGUGGUGAGUAAAGCAGACCUCCAGGGGCUCAAAGCUGUUACAGCGUUUUAUGCCUGCGCAACGGAUUUAAGGCCCAAUGAAUGCUGGACAGCAUAGAACGCCAUAACAGUAUAAAGGGGUUAAUCUCUUGGCUUUGCCAAAUAUCCAACAUGUACAUUUUCAAGAGAACAAGCUUUCAGGGUAAUUCAUAAGAUGUUUUUGUAGCUGUAAGCAUUCAUGAUGCCUGAGAAAUGUAAUAUGUGUGUUUUAACAGUAGACUAAUAUUGUGCAAAGGGACUGGACAUUCAGGACACACCAGAGUGCAGGAUUAGUCAUUUUUCUACACUAAUUAAAGGGAAACUAUAGACUAGGAAUACAAACUUCUGUUCUUGGCACUAUACCUACCUAUAGUGCCCCCCCCCGCCCCCCCACUCAUGCAGCCCCCCGCAGCGCAAAACCCUUCUGUCACUUACAUGGAUCCAGCGCCAAUGUCCCUCUGCGCUGGGUCAGGCUCCACCUUUGCUCCUCUGCGGAAAGCGGUGCAAGCACAUUAUGACAGCCUUAUAGGAAAGCAUUGCAUAAUGCUUUCCUAUGGGGUUUUGGAUGACACUUGAUGUCCUACACCUUACAACCAGGAAGUCCCUCUAGUGUCUGUCUAAUAGAAGCCACUAGAGGUGGAGUUAACCCUGCAAUGUAAUUAUUGCCGUUUCUCAAUAACUGCAAUAAUUACAAUUGCAGGGUUAAGCGGCCUGGGACACUGCACGCAGACCACUUCAAUACGUUGAAGUGGUCUGAGUGCCUACAGUGUCCCUUUAAUGUUGGAUAUAUUAACAAUGGAUCCAUUAAAAGACAAUGCUGAUGCUGUAAUAUCACCACCACCACCUCCAUCAUUAAAAUUAAUUACCUAAUUAAAUAAUGAAUGGUUUGCUUUGAGGCAUCCAUUUGGAAACCAAAGUAUUCAAUAUCAAGAUACACAAAUUGUUGAAUUUUGUAUAAAAUACACAACUUAUACCUUGGAAGAAUUUGUAGUCCAUAUGAUGUUGAUGUUAAAUAUCUAUUUUAUGGGGAGUAAUAUUUUUUGCUAUUUCUUGUUUUUUAUAUAUCCUGGGGUAUAGAUGGUAUUUACCCAAUCAGUAGUAUCUAUGUGAUCAACGUUGGUAAGAGGAAAGGCUGAGCGGAGUUAGUUUGGCGUAGAUUUCUGUUGCCCUCUGAGCAAUUUUACUGCAUAUAGAGAUAUCACUUUUUUAUUAUUUCCCAAGGAAUCAAAGAACAAAUAGGUCUCACUGUCACUUAUUACCUGGAUGAAUUCCUGGAGUUUCAGUAAUGAAAGGAAAACAUGGCAAUUCUUCACAUAAUUAACACUCUGAACCUAAAGGUGAACAGAGCUUAUAAAAUAUAUCUCUGGCAAGCUCUACCUAACUUAAUUUAGCUGUCGUGACUCUACAAAAUGCAGGACAGAAUAAAUGUAGCAGGAUUUGACAAAUUAUUCUCCCCUGGCUUCAGACUGCUCCAUAGUUUUCUUUAUUAUCAUCAUUACAUUUGUAUUGGCACUGUAAUAGUACAUAUUUUUUUUAUACCUCUCAGAAACAGGUCAUUUUAAACAUCUAUUUUUUUGCAGUGCUUGUCUUUAAAACAGUGCACAAAAUGAUUAAUUUGAAGCCAAGGUUUUAUAUGACUUUAUUAAUAUACAACAUUUUCUUUUCUUUUUAACAUUUUUAACUAAUUGCACAGUAACGCAUUUUAGCAAAUUUAAAUGAAACCUCAGUGUUACAAAUUGUGUAAAAAAAAAAAAAUGGAGUUGUUAUGGUUCCACAAGGUCCCUGGUGCUGGCUUACAUUUAGGGGUUAAACCGGUCACAAAUUGUUUAAUCCCAAAGCCCAGUAUCCAGUGCCCAAUCUCAAUAUCCCAAUUCCAGUAUCCAGUGCCCCCUGUUCAGAAUCUUUAAAGAGGUAGGCCAGGGGUGCCACUCUCUGCCUAUAACUGGACACCCAUUUUGACUGGCAGUUCAUAUUAUACUGCCAGCGGUCAGCCAACCAUGAGAAUGUCAGCUGAUGCUCCGAGACAAUCAUUGGCACUAAAAGCUUCUCAAUGAUUCCCUCCUUUGCCCAGUAUAGUGGCUGUGCAUAGAAGAGACAGGAGAGAACUGAUGGGAACCUUGGGAGCAUCUUUGAUGUGAAACCAUCCCAAAUCAUUUUUAAGGCAAGACUUUGCCCAGGGACUCCUGUCCUCAAAAUAACUUCAUUGAGAUGAGAUUGUUUUAAAAGAAGAUAGUCCAAUAAGUCAGAAUAUGUUAGAGUGGUCAUUAAAUAUACAGUUUGGCCACAGUCCCUGAUCCUUUUGCCUUCCAGCAAUGGCCCUGCCAAUAGGCAUUCUGUGAUGGUUUUAGACAUUCAGUGUGUGCAUGAUCUUGGCAAAUAAAAGGUUAUGACUAAAGAGGGCUAGAAGUGGUUUCUCCCGAAAUGCAAUAUUACGGCAGGAGAUUACUAACUGAAUUACAAAAUAAUAUACAGCCAGCUAUAUGGCAUAUAAUCUUUCCAUGAACUAAAUAAGGGACAGUUUUCCUUAAAAAAAAAAAAAAGGGUGAGGGGGAGAGUUUGUAUUAAAUAAGAGGAAAAUCAACCCACACGCUACCCAUAUUAACUGAGAAUGUACCCUAACAGCCCACCAGAACUGGACACCCUAACCCUGGGGAACUCACCUAUGCUCUAAGGUGUUAAGCUAGAUCACUAACGCGGUCAGCAAUAAAACAGCCUUUACGGCCCUAUGAGCGACUGGAUUCACAAGGCAUCAAACCUACAUUACGGUCUGAAUUUAGCUUAGUUAACGGGCGGACGAGCACAUGCAUACCCUCUUUUCUCCUAGCCACACGAACCAGAGUGACCUACACGAUACACCACUUAUUACAAAAUAUGCAAUGUUAAAUGAAGCCAUGCUGUUAAUCUUAAGAUUUGUUGCUAUAACGCUGGUCUGGGCUGUCGGGGCUAUGCCAGAUUGUUUGUAAUUUUGUGCACAAUAAAAAUAAAGAAUAUAAAAUAAAAAAAUAAGAGGAAAAUAUAGAAAAGGGCUAGAUUUGUAAGGAAUUGCCUUUUUGCAGUGGUUAUUUUACAUAUUUUCUGAGAAAUCAUACAAGAAUUGUGAUACCUUAAGACCAUAUUACCAGGCAAACAAUAUUGCAACGAGUAUCCAUACUAAAACAAUGAAUAAUUCAUCAGCUGCUAACCUACCCAAAAUCAAUAUCAUUCAAAAAGAUUGAAGCUGGGAAAAAAUGUGGUUUGUUUUUUGUCUUUCUUUUUGUUUUUUUCCCAGAUUUCCCAUUAUUAUAAAACCAGAAGUUAAUAGUGCAGUGCCAGGAAAUAUUGGCUGAAUUUAUCAAACAGAUGUUACUAUUUUGCUUUAAGGCAUUAAAUGAAGCAGUACCUUUCCCCUGAAGAGAGAUGAUAAGGAGAAACUGUGUUCCAAGCGAUUAUUUUAUUACUCAUAUCUUGUGUAGCUGUUUUCAUGACCACGUCUACACACACAUUUUGCUGUUGAUUAUGUAGACGUAUUUUACAUAACAUUCUAUAAUGUAAAACUGUUUAUUUAUCCAAUACAGAAGGGUCAUGGACUGUAUAACAAAUCAAUAAACCAUUUUGAUCAUUAUACAACAAAGUCAUCAAUUGGUCCUCGAGCAUGAGACCUUUUCGAGAACCUAAAUAUUGAUUAUCAUGAUCAAAAAUAGAAUAAAUUAUUGAUUUGUUGUAAAUCCUGUAACUGCUCAUCCAUCUGAUAUGAUCACCAAUUUGGAUUUGGACUGAGGCACUGUAUAAUGUGUUAAUUUUUUAGCAGCUGUAAAUGUUUUCUAUAGCAAGUCUAUUCUAUUUAUUACAUUUAUGUAUCUGCAUUUUCUAUAUAUCCUCUAUACUUGCUCUUGCUCAUUUUUUUUAUAUUUACAUACCUCCCAAUUAUAUAAAUGAAAAAAGAGGGACACGUUCAUUUUUGGGGUGGGGCAGUUCUAAAUUUAUUUGGGUGAAUUACUAAUAACACUAAAUGCAAGUAAAAUGGCAUUAAGAACAAAGAGAAUGUUCUUUAUUGAUACAGACUAAUUUUUAAACACAUGUAUUGUAGUUUAAAGGCACAUUGUUGUGAGUGUUAUUGAUGUGAAGCUCUGUUAUAUAGUCAGAAAUACCAAAAAUAUGCUCUGAUAAAAAAGGAACAUUAGGAUAGAAAAGAGGAACAGAUGGAUUUGGGUCCAAAAUAGGGACUGUGCCCCCGAAAUAGCGACACUCGGGAGGUAUGUAUUUAUAACUUUCACUUGUGUAAAACGUCUGUUUACCAUCUGUUCUGUUGUUUUAACCUCUUUAUGGCUGAGCAGUUUUUUGUGUUCGUUACUUUAAUUGCCAAGAAUAUGCUUGUUUGUCUUGGCAUAUGAAUCAUCUUCCCCCUAUAAUACAUACAUACAGUAUGCUUGCUAUACAGCUAUAGCUUAUAAGUGUAUAAUCACUUUAUAUGGGAAAAGUGCAGAAGUUAAGAGGUUGGGGCAUUUUCUACCCAUUGAGGGUAUGCAAGGGAGAACUUUUCUUUUUUUUAUCACAUUGUAUGUUUGUUUUAAUGUAUAAGAGUUUGUUUUAUUUCUCGUCAUGUACACUACAGUUUUUAAUAGAACUAUAAUGCACUCUAGAAUAAAUGAUUCUCAGCUCAGCUUUCCAAAGGUGCUUGUCUCUUGUUCAAUUGUAUUGUUAAACUGUUAAUUAUGCCAAAGUUUACUUUGAAGAAACCUUUUGAGGUUUUUAAAUCAUUGCAGAAUCUAAUUUUUACUUAUUGUGAAAUAUAAAAUUGCAACUUUGUGUCUCUUUGUGUCUCUCAUUUUCCUUAUAAAUUUGUCUGUGACACAAUCCCAUUUCCACUCUGGCUUGAAGGCUGCCAGGGUCCAAACUAUAACCCAGCACUGAUGGGGAUCCAAAAACCUCAUGAGACUGGAAACCAGACUGGAAUACAAGCACAUCAACCUUCAACUGGAGGUUGCCUGUCCCCCUUGUCAUUGAGGAAGGUGCUCUUGGAGGAAAGGACCAGCAAGGUCAAGACUUUGGGACGCUACUCUCCUUAGAGCCACAGGAACACCUUUUAAAAGUACCCGAACCAACCAGAACUUGGAUCUCAUUCCCAGAUUGGAGAUUGGUUGCGACCCGGAGGAAUAUUAACACCCUGUCACUUGGGCAAGGUCUUUCCAAUUCAGGCUCAGUUUGGACAAUGUAGACUUGGGAUGAUGAGCUAUCCAGGCACAUGUAAUGUGUGAGGGUGCUGUCCAUGGGAAGGGGGCUUCCAUGGGGCCUAUGCAUCACAGUCACAUGUCUGGGAGGACACAGUGGGGAGUUCAUCAUAUUAACCCAUACUAAAAUAAUUACAAUGCCAGACUGAGUGGCGCUGGAGUGGGGAUUGUGGCAAAGUUUGUGUUGUAUGGAGGACUCUCUGGAGGAGCAAUUCACAUUUGACCUGUAUAAAUAGACAUGUCGAGUGUCCAAAUAAGAAGUUAAUUUCACCUUCUAUAUUAAGUCUUGAUUAAUGUAUUGGGGAAAGGGCUACAAUCACUACGGCUACACAGGCGAGAAAGCCUCAGGAGAAAGGACUGUAAGCAGUAGAUCCUAUUAGGCAGAAAAGGUUCUCAGAGAUCUAGAAUCCAUCUUCAGCGAUGAGGUCCAGAGUGAUCCAGGGUCCCUGAUAGCAACAAGGAAGCUGACCCGGUGGGGGUGCUCAGCCUGAGUACGAGUCCAUCACAUUUUACUUAAAGCAGACAUGGCAUGCUUUGUAUUUUUAGCAUGAUAACAGUCUAUAUAAUAAAACGUAGUCAUAUAUGAUUUUUCUUUUUUCAAAAUCUGUUUUAUUGGCCUACAAACUAUUUAAGUGGACUAGUCUUUUUCUGAAGGUUUAGUCAGAAUAUUAGUCCUCUACAAUUCAUUUUACCUUUACUUGACCACAACCAUCAAUCAAGAUAAACGGCAGGGGAAGACCAUUAAAAUUCUGAUAGUGCUAACAGGAAGAGAAGCCCAAUGUUUUAAACAGUCCCGACAUUUAUUCACCAAUACGUUGAAAAGAGGAUGCACUAGAAAAAAACACGCUCACGGGGAAAAUCAUUAUACAAAAAUAUGUCCAAGGUAUCUGUAUGUGUGUGAUAACUAAGCAAGGUAUGACUCAAUCCUACCUUGCCCCGGGGGACCUGACUAUUAUGCUAACAUUGAUCAUUGUUGGUCCUUGUGGACUUAAUAGUUUUGCAUUAUGAUGACUGAAGUUUGAUAUUGUGGUUAAGUUAAUUAACUAUAAUGUUGCUUUCGUAUUGUUUAUACAGAUUGAAAGUGAAGAAGAAAAGAAACGCUUUGAAGAGGGAAAAGCACGCUACCUGCAAACAAAAGCAAAGCGACAAGCUCACAUGCAAUCUUUGACGCAGCAAUGAAUGUUUCAUAAAGGGGAUAACGGAAGGAAACAAGGGAAUAAAAAAAUAUUGCACAGAAAAGACAAGCCUUCAGGAUCACGUUUUAAAAAACAGUGUUAUGUAAUGUUAUAUCUUGUUACACUACAGUAUGUUCUUUAUCACAUUCCAUAUCUCCACAUCUACAUUUCAAUUCUCGCUCCAUGUUAAUUCUAAGCAAUGUUAGCUUACACGUUUACCUCCCGGGUGGUGAGAUUUUUCUGUGCACUUUUCAAUUCUCUGGCAAUGGUAACAUACACUAACUGUAAAAGAAUCGGUUUCCUACUUGUAUUUCAUCUAAAGUGUCUUAAAGCACACUUUUCAUGUAAAUAUAGCACUGAGACAUAAUGCUAGCUGAUGUAAAGAUAACAUUAUUUUUCUAAUUUAAGGGUGCUUUGUAUACCUUUGUACAUUUAGUAUUGAGGUAUGAACUACAAGCAUGGGGGCCGAAUUGGGUGAGUGCGUGUCAACACAUUUGCUAGUGAUUUCACUGGCUGAAAACUUACAUAUUUAAUGUUAAUUCUCACCUGAAGCCAGCCUUUUUGUCAGCUCAACAUGUUCAUGUUUAAAAAUAAUCAAAUGUUUUGGACAGUUUUCUAUUUGAACAAAAUACAGCCUCUCCAAUUAAUGCCCAUCUUAAAGGAACACUAUAAGCACUGAAACCACUCCAUCUUAAUGUAGUGAUUUUGGUUCAGACAUGCUGUCCCUUUUUUCAGACAUUGUAAAAUAAUGUUUUCAUUUUUCCAAAAAUCUCUUGUGACUCAGACAGAUGGCUACUAGGAGAACUUCACCCUUAAAGGGAAACCCUUAAUAUAAAGGAAGCAAGUAACAUUCUAACAUUAAAAUUAAAUACAUUUGUUUUUCACAUUAGAUUGUUCCUUUAAAUGUCUAUUCCUUAUGUGUACCUGCCAUCGAAAAGAGUACAGGACUGUUUUAAUGUAGAGAAUACAUUGUUAUUGUGUCAUUGUUUUAGGCAAUGCUAAGUACAUAUAUUAUAUUUAAAUUUAUGUGAAUGAUUUGGGCUGCAUGUACAUUACAUGAGGUGGCCCAGUCAGCAGAUAUAUUGUCAUGAUUUGCAAUGCCCCCAGAAUGCACUACAUGGUGUUAUGCACAUGACUGCACUCAGCCCACUGCCUUGGCCACAGAAAAUCUUUGUUAAAGGGACUAUUAAAGGCACCCAGACCACUUAACCUCAGUGAAGUAAUCUAGGUGCAGUGUCCUGCUGUUUUAACCCUGCAUUGUAAAACAUUGCCGAUCUGUAGGACUUGGGGGGUUAACACGCCUUUAGUAGCUGUUAGGAAGCAGGCACUAGAGGCACUUCCUCUGCUAUAACAGAGUCAAGCUAGGUCAUUGAUGGCUAACCUUGACACCAUAAAUAGUUUCUGGACUACAUUUCCCAUGAUGCUCUGCUAGCUUUUAGAGUAUAAAAGCUAGCUGAGCAUCAUGGGAAAUGUAGUCCAGAAAUGAUUUAUGGUGUCAAGGUUAGCCAUCACUGAACUAAGUUAUAGAUCAAAUGCUGCUUGUAGAGCAGCAUUUGAUUGGUGCAGUGCAACAUUUAGGCAAUCCAUGUGCAUUAGCCUUCCAAUACAUCCCUUUGAUGAUCUCAGCCGGGGAGGUGGAACAUGCAUCCUGGACAAUAGCGUGGCAAGGGAUGAAAGGGAAAUAAAACAUAAUUAUUCAUUGCAAAUGGGGGAGAGGGCCACGACCCUAGGUACGGGUUUGUCUUCCUAAUGCUAUAGUGUUCCAUUAAGAAUAUCUGCUGAACAUUUUACCAGCACACUGUAUAGAUUGAAUGAUAUAGCAUACAUUUGCAGAUAACGUACCCACUUUAAAGGGGAAUUAUCAUAUUUUGUUUACAUAUCCCUAUAUUUAUUAUAUAUAUGUAUUUGUGAUGUCUGAAAUAGAUUAAACGUAGAAAUCCGUACCUAUGUGCCUCCAUCUUAGCUCCCUGUCAAUCAUUGUUAUAAGCGCUGCCCUUUUGUACUUGUACACAGAAUAGAGGAUACAUGAAAUUUCUAUUUCUCUUCUUCAUGUGCAAUAUCUGCCCUGGGUUUGCCUUGUCUGAACUGGAUUGUGAUGCAAUUUCCUAAAUAUUUAAUAAAACAUAAAAGAAAAAUAUAUAAAUGUAAAGAAAAUAAGGAAUCACAUGGAAAAAAGGUGUUCACAAAUGUAUAAAUUGUGUAAAUUCUAGAGUGUUGACAGUUCCCCUUUAAAAUAUUUUCUUGUGCCAAUUCUCAACACAUCUUGCCUUAGAACUUCUCACUGAUCCCUUCCUGGUAGUUUACCGCUAGCUUACUUGCAUACCUUAAACACCAUCUACAUUCUAUCACUGCUACGAUAUUCUGACACUUGAUAAAAACAGAAACGUGCAGAAUUCAGGAUUUAACAAAUAUAUGUAUCAUCAGCCACCAGUUUAUAUAUUCUAGAUCCAAGCACCACAUCUUUAAAAUCUUCAUUUUCUCCUCAGGGAGCUGAUCUCAUAUUCACCCUAAACUGCUGUAAGCAGCACAUUUAUAUAUGCCGUCCACAGUGUAUCUCGUUACAAAGCUUCCCACUGGUCUUUAAAUGACAGAUCUCCCAACCACAGCUUUAACAUUUCACCUGCUUCAUCAUUUUCAAGAAGUUGCCAUUCUAGCAUUGCGUACAGUGCAUGGAAGAUUAGGAUGUAUUUAAUAGCUGUACUAUUACUAUUUUGUUGUAACGCUCGUGCUCCAAAAGAAAAAAUGAAAUAUAUACACACAUCAAUACAUGUAUGUACUAAUAAUUUUGAAAAUGAUUGCAUCAAUUGUAAUACAUAUACAGUGGGACCUUGGUUUACAAACGCCUCGGUUAACAUAAUUUUCGGUUUACAAAUGAAAAUCCAUUGGAAAUAAUGCCUCAGUUUACUAUUUUUUUUUUUUGCAAUACAAAGCAAGUUUCCCCAGGAUGCAUUGCACCUGGGAGGUUUAUAGCACUGCCCCCUGCAUGCUGGAGCCUUGGGUAGCACUUGGCGUUGAGUGUGGAGGAGUUGGAGCGGCUUUUGCAUCGCGUUUUGGAGUCAUUCUGGAAAUUGUUUGCAGUUGUUUUGGGACUUUUUGGUGCAUUUCUCAAGCUGUGGAAAGGUAGGGAGCUGAGCUUUGUCGUUUGCAUGCCUUUUAUUGUGUGUUCUGCAUUGUGGGUUUGUUUCCAUGCCAGCUCAUUUUGACCUUUUUCUGACUUCCAAAACUGAUUAAUUGUUUUUCAAUGCAUUCCUAUGGGAAACAGUGUUUCGGUUUACAAAUUUUUCGCAAAAAGAAAGGUCCCGGAGAACGCAUUAAAUUCGUAAACCGAGGUCCCACUGUAUAGUAAAAAAAACAGAGAAUUUGAAUUAAAGGAACACUCAUAGAGGAACAAAAAAUUCAAACAUUAGGUCGUUAUACCACUUCAACUACCCUAUUUUUGUUUCUUUGGGGAGCAGAAAAAAAACUGCCUUAUAUUAUCUUCAGAACUACUGUAAAUCCUCCCCGAUUUGUCCUGCAUAGACUUUCCCACCUGUACCGGACAUUGUCCAGCUGUUCAUUGAGAAGUGUCUGAAUGGCAAGGCCUGAGAUCGUCAUAGCUCAUCACUUCCUCUUUUAUCUACAGUUCAAAGUGAGGAAGGUGUCACGAAGGACAGGUGAUAUAAUCGUGCAGCACUUCAGCAAGCUGAACUUCUUAAGGUGCUUGGAGUGUUCUGUGAAAGAAGAUCUUAGAAAGUCAGCAGACUUUCCAUAUUUAAAGUACACCUGUCAUAGCAAAUAUGACUGUUUCACGUUAGAAAGAAUACAUUUUUUAUCUAUAGUGUGCUACCAAAUUUCUAGGAAUGUAUAGAUGGAAUGUUAAUUUAUUAUGCACCUUUUGAUCUCCUUAGUCACAUUUGCUAUACAAAUCUACAAAUAUGGCGGCCAUUGCAAUCUACGUGUUUCUGUCUAUGCAGCGGCCAGUUCUUUCCAUGAUCUUUUUGAUGGAGAAGGAAAUGAUAUUAAACUUAGUAUAUUUUUUUUAAACAGAGUUUGCUGGAAAUUUUGCCAGAAUAAUAAAUACGUUAAAUCCAUACCUACCUGAAGGUGUACCAGUCAUCCUCACUUCUUGUAGGUAACUGUUUCAAUUUAAACCAAAAUAAGAAAUUUAAAGAAAGUUUCAUAUUUAUAUAUUUUUAUUUAUUUUUUGCAUGUAUUUUGGCCACAAUUUCCAAUUUUUAAAAAGAGUUGUCGACGAACCAUCCCUUUAACCUCAGUUAUUGAAACAAAUAUAUGAAAAUGCAAUCUUUCAUAAAGGAAUUUAUAUGAAUAUUAAUUGCCCAAAAAAAUAUUGUAUAUGUAAAAGUUUUACAAUCACUCACUAGAUAAACCAAAUGAUAUAUUUCUCAAUUAAAAUUUACUGUUGCCAUAAAUUACAACAUCUGUCUUGAUGUCAUUGUAUUUCCUAAAAGUGUCAUAUUUUGCAGAUUUGCACACUCUAAGAAAUAUUAACAAGCGAUGUGUUAUUAUCAGGAACUACAUGAAAGUGACGCAUAUGUGUUACUGAAUUUGAAACCCCUUAUAGAGAUACGGAAAGUGAGCAGAUGCAAUGUUCCAGUAUUAGGCAAGCAUAAGUGCCUUAUUAACGUACAUAUCACACAAUUUAAAUACUUGUUCACAGAGACAGUCUACAAUGAUGUCAUGGGUGCUAAUAUGCUAGAAUUUACAUCAAUGCUACGAAAAUAUGCAUUGCAGCAUUAAAGUAAAUAACUAAAUUUCCAUUUUUACAAUUAUUGCAUUACAGUAUUGCAUUGAAGGGACACAAGACUCCUAAAGCACUUCAGCAUGCUGAAGUGUUUUUUGUAUGUAGUGGGUCUUCUUUUUCUAAUUUUAGAAAAAGUAUAGAUUUCAAUAGAAAUUGGCACUUUUAUAAAUUAACCUUGUCACACCCCUUUGGCUGUCAAUCAGACAACUGGUCCGUUACUUCCUGGCUGUUUAGCUCAGUGGAGUUAAAUUCUGGAGGCAGCUAUUGCUCAGACUUCUCUUUGAGCUGCAUUAGGAAGUCAGCGAUUGGACAGCAGAAACGUACAGAAACUAAGGGCUGGGUUAGGAGGGGAGGUUUUGCAAAGGCUUCAGACAUGAGAUCUGCAGUUUUUGAAAGCUGUUUUUAGAUAUGUUGCCUACGAAAUAAAAUACAUAAUUAAAUGCAUGCUUAUUUUAAUAGGAGGUAUAUUUACUGAACAGCAAUUAUUUAGUGAAAGGAACAGUGUAGUGUCCCUUUAAGCAUACGAAUGACUAUUACAUACCUUUUAGCACUGCCUCUGCAGUUGCUCCCUACUUACACCACUCUGAAGAAAAAAAAUGUCUCCCCAACCAGACACACAAUGAAGUAAUGAAGCUUAAAGCAGAAUCCCGCAUUCUAAAUAGGCGCUAACAAGCCCUAUGCAUUUAGUAUCUUAUGGGCACCUACUUGUACAAAUGUAAGUGCAUAAGUCUAUUAAUAAGAAGUUACCAACAAUUUGGUGAAUGGCCUCUAUACCUGUUUCCUAUUUAUAAAGAAUAAGGGUUUGAUUUUAUUCUUUUAUUAUAUUAUGCACUUCCUCCAGAGAGCAGGUAAUGUCACCAUAAAGCAGGGAUUGAAGUGUACAACUAAAAAAUACCUCCUCCAACAUUAAGUCAGUAACAUGUUUAAUAAAUGUGUGUGGAUAUUUCCUAAUUGCAUUUUCUCUGUAUUAUAAUUAAGAUUCUUGUUCAGUGCGAUGAUGGAAAAUGUUAUCAAAUGCUAAUCUAGUAGGUAAUAAAUUAAGGAAAAUAGUAUUCUGAUAACUGGAGACCAUACAACUACAAACUGCAUUAACAUGUUUUUUUCUUUGGAGUUGCAUAUUGUGAGAAAUUGCUGCUUAAAAUGCCUACAUUAAAGCACAUGUAUUGUAAUACAAUUAAAGAAACAAUGGUUAUUUUUUUUUUCUCCUAAUGAUUUAAUGUAUGUUUUCACAAUGAAAAGAAUGAAACAUAAAACAAAAUGUUAG